GAGUUGCAGUGUGCAGGCAGUGUCAGCAGGAGCGAGCUUGCGCCUCUUUCUCUCUCUCCCUUUCUAACACCAAACGGGAAAGCAAGCUUCAAGUUCAGUGAACAUCCACAGCAUCUAGGAUUUCUCUCUCUUUCCCCCCACCUCAAAUUACUUCUGCAAAUGAAUACUGCCUAACCUCCCCAAGGAAAGAAAAAUGGGCACUGGGGAUUAUAUCUGCAUCACCAUGACUGGAGGAGCACCCUGGGGCUUUAGACUUCAAGGUGGCAAGGAAGAAAAGCAGCCUUUGCAGAUUGCCAAGAUUCGCAAUAAAAGCAAAGCAUCCAAGGCUGGGCUGUGUGAAGGGGAUGAGGUGAUAUCUAUCAAUGGCAACCCUUGUGACGACUUGACCUAUUCUGAAGUUAUCGCUCUGAUGGAAGGCUUGGCUGACACUCUCCAGAUGCUUAUCAAGAGAUCUUCCAGUGGAGUGAAUGAGACCUUCAGUCCUGAAACAGAAAAUGGCAGUGACAUUAAAAAUGAGGAAUAUAAAGAGAGCACUACCCUGCAAAUCAGAACAGCAGCCCCCAGACCCCACCAACAACUGCAGAUCAUAGGGGCAACCCAUGAAACACUCCAGAAAGAGCAGCAAAGCGAUGUCGAAAGAGAUAUCACCCCUUCUCACAAAAUCCCUCCCAAAGUGAUAGAAGCCCCUAAAACACACUUCAUAGAGGUGCCUGCUUUCACCGGGGAAAAGCCAGGACCAACAGUUGAGCUCCAGUUGUCCCUCUUGCACGGCAAACACAAAGGCAGCAGUGUUCCCAGCCUGACUGUCCUGGGAGCUGAACAGCACAAGUCCUCAGAAGCGGGAGCCACCCUACCGCAAGAUGGGAAUAGCUGGCUGACUGCAGGUCCCACGGCUGAAAAAGACCACGCUGUCCAGUGGUCAAGCAGAACAUUCCAGGCUGCUGGCGGCAAAGAGGUCAAAGCAACCCUCAGAGCUGAGACAAAGGAGCCGUCUCUCACCAAGGUAGAGGUGAUCCUAGACUGCUCUGACAGGGCAAAAGAAGAGUUUGGGUCUCUGGCCGAAAAGGGGUGUGUGGAUUCUCAAGUGGAAGGAGGGCAGUCAGAGGCACCUCCUUCUGUAGUCUCCUUCGGCAUCUCGUCAGAAGGCACAGAGCAGGGAGAAGACGACCAGCACUCUGAAAGGGAACAUAGCAGACCUCACAAACACAGGGCAAGGCACGCCAGGCUCAGACGGAGCGAGAGUCAGUCAGAGAAGCGGGUGAAAGAAGCCAAGUCUAAAUGUAAGAGCAUUGCCCUCUUGCUGACAGCAGCUCCAAAUCCCAAUUCCAAGGGGGUGUUGAUGUUCAAGAAGCGUCGCCAAAGAGCUAGGAAAUAUACGUUGGUCAGCUACGGGACUGGGGAGCUAGAGCGUUACGAGGACGAGGGCGAAGAAGACGAAGGUGAAGAAGGUGAGAAAGAGAACGCUUUUGAAAUUACCUUGCUAGGCACGAGCGAGUCGGAAAUCGAUGAAGAUUUCUUCUCCGACAUUGACAAAGAAGACCGGAUUGUGACAUUUGACUGGGAUACUGGACUGCUUGAGGUUGAAAAGAAACCAAAAAGUGGGGACGAGAUGUCUCAGCUGCUUCCAGAAAGCAAGGGCAAGGGGGCAGUCAUGUUUGCCAAAAGGCGUCAACGGUUGGACCAGAUCACGGCUGAGCAAGAGGCAAUGAGGAUGCAGGCAGGGCACAGCUCCUCUGAGGAACACCAGGCAGCCACGACAAGCGAGAGCACCUACAAAAUGAGCUCCUCCUCAUAUCAGGCAAAACAGGAAGAAUCUUCCAGGGUAAAAAGCCAUGUUAGCAAAAGCUACAUAGAAGUGAGCCACAGUCAUGGUGCAGCAAUUCAGCAAAAUGGCAUCGGGAUCACUCCUGAAGCAAACCUGAUGUACCCAUCCUCAGAAGCCCUUAAAACUGCUGCUUCCAACAGGACAGCCAAGCCUUUCCCUGGUGUACAAAACAGAGCAGCGGCUCCAUUUUCUCCCACCAGAAGCAUGACGAGCCCUCUGUCAGAUCUCCCUGCGCCACCGCCUUACACUUCGGUCAGCCCACCCCCUGAAACCUUAUACAGAACUGUUUUGUCUCCAGUUGCCGCCAGUCCAGCGCAGCCGGCAAUCUGGUCUCCAACAGAGUCAACAGAACAGAUCGCAUCCAGGGAUGAAAGGAUCGCGGUGCCUGCCAAAAGAACUGGAAUAUUGCAAGAGGCAAAGAGAAGAAGCACCGCAAAGCCAAUGUUUACUUUCAAAGACACCCCCAAGCUGAGCCCUAACCCUGCCCUUCUGUCCCUUGUACAGAAUACAGAAGGCAAAAAAGGUGGUGCUGCAGGCUUUGAAUCGGGGCCUGAAGAAGACUACCUCAGCUUGGGAGCAGAGGCCUGCAAUUUCAUGCAAAUCCAGGCAGCCAAGCAAAAGGUCCCACCUCCAGUUGCCCCCAAACCCUCGCUAAAGGUUUCUCCCACUGCCGCAACGCCUGCUUCACCAGUCUGGUCACCUCCAGCUGUGGCUGUUACUCAGCCUCCUAUCUUUCCAGCUCCAAACUCACCUGAAAUGGCAGCUCCAGCACCUGUCAAAACAGCACAACCUGCUUAUCCCCCUCCCCAACCUGUCAACAUAGUACAACCUGCUUAUCCCCCUCCCCAACCUGUCAACAUAGCACAACCUGCUUAUCCCCCUCCCCAACCUGCUUAUUCCCCUCCACAGCCCCCAAGUACUCUUAAGCUAGCCAGUCCUUUUAAAGGGCCUCAAACAGCAGCAGCACACCAAAAUUAUACACCCAAAACAACACCCACCACCCCAGUAGGAAAUGCUGUGCUUGCUGGAGGGGUGGGGCCAGCUUUUGAGAUGCCCCCAGCUUUGAGUGGGAAAGGAGCCCAGCUCUUUGCCAAAAGGCAGUCACGGAUGGAAAAAUAUGUGGUAGACUCAGAAACCGUGCAGGCCAAUAUGGCGCGGGCCGGAUCACCAACUCCAUCUUUACCAGCAUCUUGGAAAUAUUCAUCAAAUGUUCGAGCACCACCACCUGUGGGCUAUAACCCCAUCUACACUCCAUCUUAUCCUCUCGCUGCUACCAAGCCACAGUCAAAGUCCCCUGCUGCUGCCAAAACUACCAAGAAAAAGCCUAAGAAAGCACUUAGUUCUUUGGAAGUUAUGAAGCACCAACCAUACCAGCUUAAUUCAUCCUUAUUUACUUUCCAACCUCCCUCUGAUAAUAAGGAAAGUGCACUUCCUAAGCAGCCUGCGAAGUUUGACUCAGCAUCUGCCUCAAAGCAAGCUCUACCUUCAAGAUCGCUCAACGCCGGUUCUCCUUCUAAUGUCCGAGAAUCUUCAGUGUACUCUGUACCAGCCUACACUUCACAACCUUUCUUCCAGUCGAAUGCCUCUAGCCCUGUCAUUGAGUCCUGUGCGUCGACAGGCUACCCUUCUUUUUCGAAGCAAGAACCAGCAGCAUCCUCUAUGUUUACUGCUCCCAGGCCAAAGUUCUCAGCCAAGAAAGUUGGUGUCUCAGCACAGGAAAGAGGCGGAGAACGGUCUUUAUCACUCCCUGGAUGGCCACCUUCAGCCACUUCACGAUCCAUGUCCCCUGUCUCUCCUGUGGUGUUUCAACCUGCUCCUGAUUAUUUUAGCAAACCACCUCCUGCAGCUGAUAAGCCUGGGAAGAGGCUGACUCCUUGGGAAGCAGCCGCCAAGUCCCCUCUUGGGCUGGUGGAUGAUGCCUUCGGCCCACAGACCAUUCAAGAGUCGAUCGCUGCAAAUGUCGUGUCUGCUGCUCGCCGGAAAACACUGCCUGCGCCGCCGGAUGAGUGGAAACAAAAAGUGGCUUAUGAGCAUCCUGCUCCCAGUGCCCAUGCAAAAUUAGCUUCGUUUGGAAGGAGCCAGUCAGCGGCAUUUUUCCCUGCAAAGAGCACAGUGUCCGCUCCGAGCUCCACUGCCCCCUGCAGCUCUCGUCUACAGUAUGCAUACUAUGGCCAACGUGCCCAGACAGAUCCUGACAUGGUCUCCAUGGAUUCCAGGUCUGAUUACUACCUGUCACUAGCUGACUCCAACUAUAAUCCACUUCCAAAGGGAUGGAGGCGCCAAACAUGAAAAGCAGAAGACCCUGUUUUAGCUUCUCUUCUUGAAGUUCUACAAGUCUUAGAUUCGAGGGGGAAUUGAAAAUGUGAAGAAGUGUGUGGGACAGUUGUUGGCUGGCCUGAAAAGAUAUUGACAAAAGAGAUCAAACGUUACCUAAAAAGUAGCACAGCAUCCAUGCUGUGGAUCCAUAAGGCUCUCAGUAGCUUUUGAUCCCAGCUUCAAAGCUUUUCUUUGUCUUUGGGUGCAUGUGUGUGUGUUAAAAGGGAAUCAAAUUGGUGGAAGACUGAAAUUCCAAGGUGAAAGCUUCAGCUGGGAAGAGUGCAACAAUUGUGGGAUUUGAAUGUUCGUAAAUUAACCAAUGAGCCUUUAUCAAGAACAUAUCCUUGGGUCUUUUGAAAAGCUGUCUUUCUGUUUUCCAUCCUAACUUGCUUGUGGCUGGUUAAAUGUCCACCUCUUAUUUGCUGACCAGUCUGUGGUUUUAAAGAAACUCCCUGGUCUCUGUUCAGUGUAAAUGUCAUCACUGACUUAAAACAGUGGUUGGAGUUUUGACUAAGUCAAAUGGGGCUUUCCCUAGCAAAUCAUGGAUUAGGGAAGGGCAGGAGCAAGCAAAGAUUUCCUAAGUGAGGGAUAGCCUCUUGAUGUUGUUGGGGUCCAGCUCCCAUCAGCAUGGCCAAUGGUCAGGGAUAAGAGGAGUUGUAGUCCAGCCAAUCAGAGUUGACAAUGCUGAACCAGGUGAACAAAUAGUCUAAUGGUAUAUGGCAGCCUCCUAAAUUCAUGCACAACUUGUUGUUGAGCUCUGCUCCUACUUAUAAAUAUCAAAACCAUAUUUGCAUGCAAAUUGCAGGUACAGUAGACCUUUCUAAAGGGAUGAACUGUGACAAAUUUCCGGAAGAUAGUUGCAAGGACAGACUUUAGCAUUUUGAGGGAGGGUGGAAAUUGCUCCUCUAAGGGUGUGGUUUUUUAUGACGUGGCAAUCAGGUUGAAAACUGGAGACAGGAGGGAGGUUCCCCUGAGUAAGAAACCUGUUAAAGCUCAGGCAAACAGUUCCCAAAGUUGUAUGUUACUGGCAUUUUAAAAAAAAAAAGCUGGGAAAUCACAAUUUUUAAUCGUCACCCCCAAGCCCUGUUCUGAAAGUGUACUCCAGAAGGGGUGAGUACAGCUGCUGUCAUUCUUCAUCAUGCUGCUUUGGCCUGAUUGAAGUUGGAAUCAGACAACAUCUAGAAGACCGCAGGUUCCCCACCUCUGCCUUAGAACAACACUGCUUGCUGUCUGAUGCUACUCCAAAAUAUUGAAAACCUGCAAUUCAUCCUGAUAAACUUCCUCAUCCUGUUUACCAGUUCAAAAUUGGCAGCUAUGCUGGGGAACAGCCUUCUUUGAAGGUUAUUUAGCUUGAAAUGCAGAGAGGUGAAUAAGAUGUGAUACUACUUUUCACAGGCAUUCAAAGCCUAGCAAAUUAGAUGGCAAGGGAAUAAGAUGGCCUGAAGAAAUGUGGCAAUGGUUUGGUUGUUUUUGGUUGUGGUUGUUUUUGAUGGGGUGGGGAAAAAGAAACAGAAUGUUCUGUGUUCUGCCAGAUCUCUAGAACUAUUUAAUAGUCUCUCUACAGGCACACAUGUUGUGGACAGUGAGCCUGUUGUGGCUUAUUGCAUCUUCGAUAGCUGUGCCACCUUCUUAAAAUAACCAAACGCCUGUUUCCAGCCAAAGCUGACUUGCAGAAUGCGGAUUGGUUGCUCCUGUGGCAAUUACAAAGUCACUCCCUCUUCUCCACCACCAGCUGGGGCAAAGUUUAUAGUGAAAUAAACAGCACGAUUGACACUGAACCUUUUAUCAGAUAUACAAGCUGAGUAUUAGCAAAAAUAGCAUUUGAAAAGAAUCAUAGGGUAUAAAGUGCAAGCCAUGCAGGAUUUGAAAGCAGAUAAGUGUGUUGCAAAAGGAAGAGGUAGGGGUGGGUGUCCAUCUUGAUUUCUCUCUGUUUCCUAUUUCUCCAAUCUAAAAACAUCUUAUUACAUGGUAUAGAGGCUGACCAAGCAAUUGCUUUAAAAUGGCCAUGUGACAACUCUGAUGCUGUCCAUUUUGGAAUGGGUUGUUAAGAGAGCUGAUCCAUUAUACUGUGCAUUCCCAAGAGAUUGCCCAGCACAACCUAAAAUGUAUACUCCAGGAUCCCUUGAAAUGUCAUUGUACGUGUGCUUCAAAUCUGCAGUCAUAUUCAGGCGUUUGCAAUGCCACAAAUAGUACCCCAGAAUUCUCUUCAGAUCUGAAACAGACCCUGUGAUAUAUGCAGUUGUCAAUAGGGAUGAGCAAAUCUGUCAGUUUCAAUGUCUCUCAGUUUCUCAUUUUUCAACUCUUAAAUUCAGUUCUCCAGAUUUCCACAUCAACCCCUCCCCCCACAGAAAAACCCACCACCUUGAAAAUCCACUAGCAUUUAGUACAUAAUUCUCCUUAUAUACACAUUUUGGUAUUCACUUUUGCUUAAUAUACAUAUUUUGCAAAGCAGAUUUCUGAAAUCUAAUGCAACUUCGUGUGGUAUUUUUGCCAAUAUGUGCAUACUUGUGCAUAGCCUAGUAUGUGCAUGUGCAGACCGGCAGACAGGCAUACAUACAUAGAUCCCCCCAACCCUCCAAUCUUUAGAAUACCACGUGAGUUUCAUGGCUAAAUGAAAGCAACCGUGUGAGUUUCAUGGCUAAAUGAACCAUAAAACACAUGACCAUCUGUUUGAAGAUGUGUGGCAAAGUCUGGUACAUGAAGAAAUUAUUCCUAGCAUUUGAACACCACAGGGAUAAGGAUGACCUCAAAAUCACAGGGUAGAUAAGGUAAGUGGGAAGUAAUGCUUUAGAUUUUGUUCAGAGUGAUUUGGAGACACAUGUCUCCUUUGGGGGCUUCAGAAGUUGCAAAUGUUUGUGAAAUGUGAACCUUACCAACCCUUCAGUGGCUCACAUUCUCUUGUGUCACUAGUAGAUGAGUAUUUGUCAUGGAACUUUUGAUUUAUCAAGAUAUCAAAACACAUAGUGCAGCUUUUCCCCAACCAGUUGCCUCUAGGCAUUUUGGACAAGCUUUUAAAACAUCUGGAAUGCAAUAGGUUGGGAAAGGCUGCUAUAGAUCAACAAUGUAGAAAGUCAGUUUUGUAUAGAAGUAGAUUUCUGAUAAGUGUUCAGUGGUUUGAGUCUAGUUUAAGGGAACCUGUAUAGAGACGUGCAUUAAUUCAAUUCAGCAAUAUCCAACCUGGCGGCCUCCAGGUGUUGUUCAACUUCAACUCCCAUGAUCCCUCACGAUUGGCCAUGCUGUUUAAAGGCAAUGGAAGUUUCGGUUCACAUCAUCUGGAAAGUAUCACAUUGGCUGUCCCUGGCUUAACCAGAGUUAAGGCCAGUCCAAGACAUUUUAUUGCCUGGGGCAAAAGGCAAUAUGAAACUCCACAUUGUGGAUUUGAGACUCAUGUGCUGGUUUAUUGGGGGCCAGAAUAUGUCCCAAGGGAUCAGGUUUCUGCUUUGAAAUGCUUUGCCUUUCUAUCUGGACCAUGAUUAAUUAGCUUCCCCAAAGCAUAAAUGUAGCCAAAUGCAGCUAAACACACACCCUGCCCUUUCUCAGUAUUGAAAAAACAACCAUGUAUGUUUUCUUUCUGAAUAUUUGUACAAAACCUAAUAUGGCACGGAUAAAAGCAUGAAAUCAUAUCUGAUCAGAGCAUGGAUACUUGAGGCCCCUUCAAACAAUUUUCCCAUCACAAGAAGGACUGUAAAGAGGGCGUGUGUCUUUCUGUCUGGGAUGUUCUCUGCUCCCUGAGAAUCCUGAGAACAGUAACCCUGAGGAUAACCC